AUGUCUCGCAGGAUAGACAUUGGACAAAGUGAAUAUUUAAUUUACAAUAUUGUCAACGAAGAUACAAAGGCGUUCUUCAGGCCUUUGGAUUUGCUGCAGUCCAUUCAUUUCUUUUCAAAGUACACCAUUCGCGACAACUUUAUCACCCCCAAAAUAUGUACUAUGGUAAUUCUUAUCGUAUUUGAUACCAAUAUCAUUUAUAUCACUCAAAUAAUCUCACUUCUCAAAAUUGCAUUAGACCAAUGGAUUUUAGAUUUCAAAAAUUUAGAAUAA